AGGGGGCGCCGCUGGACUGCGGUCCCUCUGCAGAAGGCUCCCCGUUCCGGGUGCGACCGUGGCUCCCCGGUGCCUAGCUUGGUGAGGAGCGACCCGCCCCGACCUCGGCAGCAGGGUUGGCCAGGGACCCUGGUGCUCUCGGUUGAUCUUUAGGUAAAGCAAAAAUGUACCCACUAAAGAGUUUUCAUGAAGAAAUUAGGUAUUUGUUUACUACAGAAACCGUCUAAAACAACAGAAUGGAGUAAAGCAAAAGGAAUGAAUGAUACGCCUGGAAAAUUUUUUACUGAGUUGUCCUAUUUUUGUCCACCUUCUAUAAGGAUGCUACAGGAAAAGGAGAAUACAGUUUUCUAGAGAAUUAAACAGUGUAGUGUAAAAAUGGAGGCCACAGUUUCUGAAAUUCAAGUAGAAAAUAAAGAUGAGAAGAGAUCUGCAGAAGUUAGCCCACAGGAUGAGAAACAGAAGGAGAAAACAUCCAUGCUUUGCUUCAAGAGAAGAAAGAAAGCAGCCAAGGUGCUGCAGCCUAAAAGUGACUCUGAAGCUGCCGAGGCAGCCCGGAAGCAUCCCCUAGAAGCCAGGGAUUCUGACCAGCCACAGCGUCCUGGGGGUGCCUGGGCCUCAAUCAAAGGCCUGGUAACACACAAGAAAAGAUCAGACUCUUCAAAGCAGCAAAAGCCACUUGAGGCUGAAGUGCACCUUCAGGCUGGGGAUGCUGAUCUUUCUAAGAAAAAGGCUAAAUCCAGACUUAAGAUUCCCUGCAUAAAAUUCUCAAGAGGGGCACAAAAGAGUAAUCAUUCCAAAAUUAUAGAAGACUUAGACUGCAGUCUGAAAGCCCAGGGUAAGGCAGAAGCUAUGGAUAUACAAACUCAGACCCAAUCUGAUGACCAGGCAAUGGAGGCUCAGUCUACCCAACAUCAGAGGGAAGAAGGUGUCCCACGAAAAGACGGGAAUGAGCUCUGUGAGUUGAAUGUGAGCACCAGCAUAACAUCUGGAGAGAAUGUGAUUUCAGUUAAAUUGGAAUUAGAUAAUGGGCAUUCAGCUAUCCAAACAGGAACUCUACUCCUUGAAAAGGAAACUGAAACGAUGGAGGAGAAGCCAAGCGUUCAAUCCCAGCAAGCAAGCCUACCUGAAAGUUCAGAAACAGACAAUCAGCAACCAGUGGCUUUUGACGCCACUCCUUCACCCAUGAUAUCAGAUCAACAAACUGUGGAAAAACCCAGCAACAAUACUCCGGAAGGUGAACCAAACUGGAAAGACUAUGACAGUAGAGAGACUAUAGUUGAGAAAGAGAAUGAGCAAAAGGAUACUAAAUUGAGCCAGGAAUCGGACUCGAAAGAAAAUAAGGUCAAUAUAGAGAAACCCAAAUCAGAAGAAAGCAAAAGAAUGGAGCCAAUUGCUAUUAUUAUUACAGACACAGAAGUCAGUGAAUUUGAUGUUAAAAAAUCUAAAAAUGUCCCUAAACAAUUCUUAAUUUCAAUUGAAAAUGAGCAAGUAGGGUUUUUUGCUAAUGACAGUGAUUUUGAGGGAAGAACUUCAGAACAGUAUGAGACACUUUUAAUAGAAACAGCUUCUUCUCUCGUCAAGAAUGCUAUCCAGUUAUCUAUAGAACAGCUGGUUAAUGAAAUGGCCUCUGAUGAUAAUCAAAUCAACACUUCUACAGUGACUUAAUUUCCAGGUCCUGGGAGGAAAAAAAGCUUACAGAUGAACUAUUUACACAUUUGUGGCAUUUCUUAUUCCGUAACAAGUGAAAGAUUUAUCAUCUGUGGAAUUUAAAAGUACAGUUACAGCACAGAAGUACUACAAAAUAAGUCAAAUUUAUGAAACUCUCUUUACCACUGAAAUGCAGUCACUUCUAGAUUGGAGGAAGUCAGCAGAGACUGCAAUACAAAGUAACAUCGGGAGUUGUUAAAUGGAGACUGGAGUCCUUUGGGGAAGGAAGAUAUAUUUAUUGAGCACUUACAAUAUGCCAUAAGAUUUUUACUGGCUCUUCUCUGCUGUUAGACGCUCGGGUUUCCUUUUGAUAGUUCAGCCUGUGUACAGGUCAACAUCACAUUUGGUUUUCAAAGACUUUUUUUUUACAGUGCACUUUUAUAGUGUUUAAAAUGGUGAAAAAGGUGAGUUAUUUGUGUGAAUGUGUGAUUCUAUUACACUCCUAAGCAGUAGUCUUACCUCAGAAAAUAUAAUGCAUUUUUCUAAUUGCAGCAGAGAGUGUGCAGAAUAUGCAUUCUGGAAUUGAACGAGUGAUUUUCUAGUUUUGCUCGUCCCUUACAAAAGCAACUCAAAUUGCUUGACAGAGGCAAUAGUUACCAAGUGCAGAAGAGUGGAAAUGGGCAACGCAGUUUCCCUCCCCACCUUCCUUUUGCCCCCAGCAGACUUGUACACAUCCAUUUCUGCAUGGGCUUAUCUGCUGAAAACUUUAAAAAUAAAACAAGGGGAAAUGGUACUUUUGAUCUGGAAGACAAGCUUCCCAAGUAACCAUCACAGAUAACUCUGAAUUCCUCUUGCGGAAAUACUUUUCUAAGGACCCUGGCCAUCAACCUCUCUUCAAAGAGUGGAGAGGGGAUUCUGCGAGGCCUGAUAAAAGGUCCCAGGAAACCCUAACACUUCUAGUGAAAACGUUAUUCUUGGCCAAGAAUGAGCCAUGUACAGUUACUGCUAGAGCACAUAUUUUAAUGGCAGUGUUUUAUCAUGAUGUCUAUGUGUUAAGACCAGUAAAAAGCAUUUUACAUGAAUAUUGAAAAUUAACUUUUCAUAAUUUUCAGUUCAGUUGAUACUUUACAAAAAUGAGAAGGGCUCAUUUGCAUUUCAUUCAGUUUUUUAAAAAGAAGCAUCUAAUCACAUCAAUGACUGCUAUAUUUUUUGAGAAACCCAUCCUAUUUCAAUGCUUCCCUGUGUGAAAUGGCCGCAACCCUACAACACACUUCCCUACCUCACUGGUUAGGGCUCCUCUUGCAUAUCCCCUCACUGUCUAAGCUGAGUCAUGGUGUUACUACCUGAAACGGAUGAGGUAAUGGAAGUGGAUGAGUAUGAAUGCUAAAGUAUUUGUUGAAGAGCUUCAUCUUGGAGGAAAGAGUAUUGGAUAUUUGAUGUGAUCUGGGUGAAUUCUUGCAUUAUCAAUGGAUUGCAUAUAGAAAGUAUGUGCUAAUUUUUUUCUAUAGUUUGGUGUGUGUGUGUGUGUGUGUGUGUGUACAUACUUAAUGGGACCUCUGACAGAAGCAAAUCUGACUUUGGAGAGAAGUAAAUAAUGAAUAUUAGCAAGAUUCUUUGCUGAAGUGCAAAAGUACCUGCCUUCAUGUUUAUAAUCUUAACGGGAAAAUCCUUCCAUUUGAUGAGAUCAAAAUGGGUUUCACGUGCCCAAGAGAUCAAUUUAAUUGUACAACUUUUAAGCAUUUUUAAUUAAAAAAUUAAGAUCUCCUGAAAAAGUUAUUUAAUUCACUGUAUGUGGUGCUAAUGGACUUAGCUACCAGCAAAUAUCAUAUUUUAAAAUGAGCUAUUCAAACAAUCUUAUGAAGAUUGGUGGAUUUUGCAGUUUUGAAGAAUCCUUUCAUUUAUCAGAAGGAUGGCACCAAGCUGAUGUAGUUAUUGAUUUUAAUAAUAUCUUAUGAAAAAGCAAAAAGUAUAGCACUUGCCAGUUACUGAAAGUAUUCUGGAAGGGUUAGAUAUAUUUUGGGAAUUAAAAAAAAACAAUACGUAAAUUUUUUUGGUUAAAAAAGUAACAUUUUUAUCCA